GCCGGCUCGGAGUUUCAUUUCGGCGGAAAUGACACGGAAUGGCAGGAGGCACGCGCUGCUUGCUGCAUCGGGCAUCACGCGCACACGUGCGCAUUCGGACGUGCACGUGCGUAGGUACGGCGCUCCGCGGAGCGUGAAUUACCGGCUGGCAGAGAAGUGGCUCCCCGGUGCGCCAGGUGCAGUCACCGGGAAGGGGCCGGUCCCUUCGCCUUUUGUUUCACUUUUCUCGAUUUUUUUUGCAACGAGGCUUGCUGAGUGCAGGGUCCGUCCAAGAAGAGUUCGCUCGGAAGGUUUUGGUCGAUGUGAGGGUCUUGCGUGCCCGUUGGACUCCGCGGGACCGUGACACCUGUUCAGCCGUCGCCGAGGGGAGUGAGCAGGAGACUGUCAGCUGCCGACGACCCCAGAAAUGGGGUGUGGAACCUCAGUGGCAACGGAGGCUCAAAGGAGACUUUCAGAGAAAGAUGACUCCGUAAAGGCUCCCAGUCCAGCACUAACCAUGAAGGCGGCCAUCUUGAUCCAGCGUUGGUACCGGCGCUACGUGGCCCGGCUGGAAAUAAGACGACGGUACACCUGGAGCAUAUUCCAGUCCAUCGAGUAUGCUGGCGAGCAGGAUCAGCUGCAGCUCUCCAGUUUCUUCAGCUUUAUGUUGGACAACUUCACACAGAUCAGCGGGAAUGGCGCAGAUCUGAUAUCUCAUCUUCUGGACCCUGCAUUGACGGAGGAGGAGAAGCAAGCCACGUUUGAGGGGGUCGAGGUGUCCGAUUCAUACAGCGGCCCCCACAUCUCCUUCCCCCUGACCGUGUCUGACACCAACGCUUUGCUCAGUGCAUUCAAAGCACAGCAGAUUCUGCACGCCAGGUACGUGUUACAGCUGCUUUAUGAGACCAAACGGUUUCUGAAACAGAUGCCGAACAUCAUACACCUGUCAACGUCGUACGCCAAGGAGAUCACAGUGUGCGGUGACUUGCAUGGAAGACUGGAUGAUUUGCUGCUCAUAUUCUAUAAGAACGGCCUUCCCUCGACGGAUAACCCUUACGUGUUCAACGGCGACUUUGUGGACCGAGGGAAGAAAUCCAUAGAGAUCAUCAUCAUUCUGUUUGCCUUCCUGCUCCUCUAUCCAGACCACAUGCACCUAAAUCGAGGCAACCAUGAGGACCACAUCAUGAACCUGAGAUACGGAUUUACAAAGGAAGUUAUGCAGAAAUACAGGACCCACGGACGGCAAAUCUUGCAGCUGCUGCAGGACAUCUUUAGCUUGUUGCCUGUGGCAACGGUGAUCGAUGACAAAGUGCUGAUCGUCCACGGCGGGAUCUCGGACAUGACAGACCUGGAGUUCCUGGGCUCCAUCGAGAGGCAAAAGAUAAAGUCUGUGCUCAGACUACCGAAGAGUUUUGACGAUAUCGAGGCAGAGAGGGGACUUGAGAAGAUCUAUGGCCAAACGGGGACCCUGCGGUCAGCUGGUGGUCCAGGCGGGGGUGCCCGGAAGAGGAGGUGCCGGCGAAGGAAGCCGAGCAGUGGCUCCUCCUCCUCAUCUUCCUCGUCCUCCUCCUCGUCCUCCUCGAUCUGCUCCCCACGUGGUGCCUCGCAGGUCUGGAGCAGCCCGCUGCCGUCUCCCAGGGUACCUAGCCCCACAGACAUCCUUCAGCUGCCGUUCCUGGACUCCAUCAUGGCCGUGGCGACGCUUGUGCCCUCUAGGGAGGAGGCCGGGUGGAAGCAGAUCGUGGACCUACUCUGGAGUGACCCCAAGAAGCAGGAUGGCUGCACACCCAACACCUUCCGUGGAGGCGGCUGCUACUUUGGACCCGAUGUGACUCGUCGGCUGCUCCAGAGGCAUGGACUGCAGCUGCUGAUCCGCUCGCACGAGUGCAAGCAGGAGGGCUACGAAUUCUGCCACGAUGGCCAGGUAAUCACCAUUUUCUCUGCUUCCAACUACUAUGAGGAAGGCAGCAACCGUGGCGCCUACGUGAAACUGGGUCCAGACAUGGUGCCGCGGUUCUUCCAGUACCAGGUCAGCCGCUGCACCAGGAAGCUCACCCUGCACCAGAGGGUAAGUGUAGCUGAGAGCUCUGCUCUGAAAUCCCUUAAGGAGAAGCUGUUUGCUCAUCGCUCAGAGCUGAUGGCCGCCUUCCAGGAAUAUGAUGUGAACAAAACAGGCUGCAUCUCCAUCACCGACUGGGCCCAGGCCACUGAGUCGGUCCUGAAACUGGACCUGCCCUGGAGGACCCUGCGUCCGCGGCUGGCCCGCCUGGCCCCAGAUGGCGCCGUGGAGUACCGGUCCUGCUUUGAGGACGUGAGCACUGGCCAGCCUGUUCCCCAGAUUUCUCCAAACCUGGCAGAAACUCUGUACAGAUACCGAACUGACUUGGAAAUUGUAUUCAACAUCAUUGACAAAGAUCAUUCAGGCCUCAUCUCCAUCGAUGAGUUCCGCCAGACCUGGAAGCUGUUCAGUUCGCACCUGAACGUGAACGUGGACGACCGCGCCAUCGACGACCUGGCGCGCACCAUCGACUACAACAAGGAUGGUAGCAUCGACUUCAACGAAUUCCUGGAGGCAUUCCGGGUGGUGCACAAGCUGGAUACCAAGGAGAAGCAGCAAGGAUGAUAGAGGGCAGGCGGGCGGGUACCAGUUCUGUCACAGUCCAUGGAGUGAGUUGGUGGAGAAGCUCCCCUGAACUUUGUGUAUCUACUGCUGGUCUGAGAGAACCUUGGAUAGACAGUGUCUCUGGACAAGGCAAAGGCGUAAUGAUUACAGAAAUGGAUGCAUGACCAAAAGCUGCACUUUAUAACAUUUAAAACAUUUAAGCUGUAUGAACUAGACCAUCUGCUUGGCAAUAAACCAUCUUGUCCUGUUCGUAUGGCAUUUAGAAUCUGCCCAGCACAUUGAGGGAGCCUUACAAAGCUUGAGAAGGACACGUAUGAUGGUUUUUGUGGCCCACGAGUCCUUUUACAGCUCCUAAAGUCUGGCUUUGAUUGGCUACUGAACCUUCAAACAGUCUUCUGAACAGAUGUGGCGGAGCUGUGGACUGUUAUGCAGAUUCAGGCCCCGUCCGCACAGUGCAUGCAGUGUUUGCUUCAUUUGAAUCUGUUUUGGUCUUUUGUUAUUUCUCAUUUGCGAUUCCUUCUGUCUGAAAUUAUAAACCGUACACUAACUGUGCACUCUUUGAAACGAUGAUGUAACCUCAUUAACUGCACUGUCAUCGAUCCAGGACUAAAUCAACUAAACAAACAAGCACAUGGCUGGACACGUGCAACAAGCUGAAUGUAGCAUUGAGAUUUUGAAUAUUUUGAACCCUGAAGUGGUUCCCUUCUGUAUCAUCUGACCGGUCUGAUAGGUCGUUGUGCUCCAACCCUUCCCUAAUCAUAUUCUGUGACCAACGGUCUGGUUGGGUUUAUUUCCAUCAUCAUAAAAUCUCCAUUUUGAUAUCUUCACGGCAUUCCAAAUGCACCUCACCACCAUGGCCGUGGAAGGAGAUGCCUUUGUUCAGAAAUGUUGAUGUGCUGCUGUUGAAGAAACAAUCAGUGCGGGAUUUAACUUGGGUUGGGAAUGUGUGUCCGUGUUUGCGCAUAUGUAAGGGUGUAUCUGCUCACACACACACACUGCUUCCUCGGAAAAGGCUUCUUCACCCAGACCGUGUGUCACAGUGUCCCCUUACUGUGACCACAUUGCAUGGUAUUUAGAAGGUACCUCCACUCCAGUCAGACCAUGCCUGCUAUUCAUUGCACUGACCCACAGGAGGGGUGCAAUCAACAGGAAACUCGGCCGGUGGAGCCCCAGGAGGAGAGGAGAGGGACAUGCUGGCCUCCAUAAUGAACCUCUCUGACCG